AAAAAACUUCAUAAACUUCAAAUAAGCAGAUAACCAUACAUUUUAUGUAAUAAUAUCUUGAAUCUUAAUUCAUAUUAAGUUACAUUACCCGUAAAUGUGAAGAAACAUCAGGAUGUCUGUGUUUUUGUCGAGAAUUAUAUUAAUUCCGACGCGGAGCGCCUUUACAAUGAACAUUUCGCUAAAAACACUAGCGGAUUUAACAUCGUUGAAACACCAGAAUUCUCUUUGCCAAGGCGGUUUAUUUUCUCUAUCCCGUCAACUAGGAGUCAGAGGCUACAGUUUAGAUUCUAUACAGCCGGUGAUAGCUUUGGAAAACGCGACUAGUCCGGUUAAAAAGAAGACGAUAUACAAGAAGGCAGUGUUGGAGGAUGUUAGUAAGAAAGAGGGGCAUUAUUUGACUUUGGCGUACGCGACUGCGAAUGCCUAUGACCUGAAGGGUCUAAAGGAAGCUCUGCUUGAGCAGAAGCUGUAUGAACCUGGAACAUUAAAAACUCAAGAGAUUGACGAUGAUGUGGUGAUAGCAAAUGCGGUGUACACUGUAGGCUCGGAGCCACGGGAAAUCAUCUUCUUCAAAGAGGGCGCUGUCGUCUUCUGGAACUGCACGCAGCUGGAAGCCAGCAAUGUACUGGACUUUGUUAGGAGAUAUGAAGUUGAGAGCUACCCUCUAGAUGUGGUGGAAAGAGAGAAAGAGAUCAUGACAUACGUGUACCAGCCCAAUGCAAAGAAGUGCAAUUUGCAGGACUCGUAUUUCGUAAUGGCGCCCAAUAGAGAUAACUCUUUAGAAAAAUAUACAUUCAGUCACGCGAUGGCGCAAUCAGCUCGCCUGGGAGCGUGGGAGGCGCGGCUGGAAGCCCUGGCGGCCGCCGCGAGGGCCCACACGAGGACCAUGGAGGAAGACGGCACCACACAUCUCGACAAAAAGGAGGUGGUCCGCAAGCUAGGCGAGUUGUUUUCCCUGCGGCACCGGAUCAACGUGGAGUCCGACCUCCUGGACACUCCUGAUGUCUACUGGGAGGAGGAGAGGCUUGAGAGGCUGUACUCGAACACCGUAGCCUACUUCACCAUACCCAGGAGGACUAGGGUUUUAAACGAGCGGCUAUCCCACUGCGUGGAGCUCCUGGAGCUCCUCUCGUCCUGGGCCGCGGACCGGCACCACGUCCGCCUGGAGUGGAUGGUCAUCGCCCUCAUCCUGGCUGAAGUCUGCUUCGAGCUACUGCACGUCUUCGAGCGACACGUGCUGGACAGGUUAUCAAAAACAACCGAGCGACGGCGAGGUCUCUCAGCCUUCGCGGACGAGUCGGAAGAGUACAUGUUCCAAGAUCUCUCGAUAUUGGAUACCUAAGGCUCUUGGCCUCAGACUAAAUGUAAACA